UCGUCGUAAAAAGGGGAAGAUUUUAUAAAAUGGAAGAACAGCGCGUUCUUGUGCUCUCGUGACCAUCGCCGAAACGAAGUCUUUUUUUUUGCUUCUCCUAAAAAAGAAAAAAGAUACUUUUUUUUUUAUCGCUGUUCCACGAUGCGCGUUCUCCACUCGUCGAUUCUUCUCGUUCUCUGCCUGUUUCUCCACGUUUCUGUUCAAGAAUGGCAGAUUCAACCCAAGGAGGCCGACAAUGAGAUUCAGGAACGAAUAAAGUUUUCCAAGUACACAAUUUUUCCACGUACGAAAUGGUGCGGACCAGGUAACAAAGCGAAAAAUCCCAACGAUUUGGGAUACUUUAACAUAACCGACGCCUGCUGCAGAGAGCACGAUUUCUGUCCCGAUAGCAUCAAGGCUUUCAGAAGUAAACACAACCUGUGGAAUUCAAGCAUAUUCCUCAGGUCAAAAUGUUCCUGUGACAAUAAGUUCUACAAGUGUCUGAAGAAUUCGACAGACGAAAUUGCUUCCGUUAUAGGUAAUAUUUAUUUCAACGACAUAAUAAAUCCAAAGUGCUUCGAACUUGAACAUCCUAUCACCGGUUGCAAAACGUACGAAAAGGGACGUUGCGUCGAAUAUAUUCUGGACAAGAAAAAGCCGAAGAUUUACCAAUGGUUCGAUCUUCCUAACUUUUGAUUAUAUAAAUUAAGUGCUUGAUUAACUGAUUAUUAUUUUUCAUUGGAUUGAAUAAUCGUAACAUUUCACUUUGGAAAUAAAUUUCAAUCUAUC